AUGGUUGUCUUCACAUGCGGUCACUGCGGCGAGUCAGUUCAAAAACCGAAAGUUGAAAAACAUUAUAUGACAAAAUGCAGGAAUAGGAACCCAAAUCUAUCAUGUAUGGAUUGUUUUAAAGAUUUUCUGGGGACUGAUUAUGAGGCUCACACCAAAUGCAUCACAGAAGAAGAACGUUACUCAGGCAAAGGUUUUACUGCUAAGGAGAAGAAAGGUGAAAAGAAACAGAACGCCUGGGUGGAAAUGUUACAGUCGGUGCUUGACGAGCAGAAAAAUGCAUCCAGAAAUGUCUUAAGAAUUAUUGAGACAAUCAGUAAGCAUAACAAUACUCCAAGAAAGAAGCCCAAAUUCAUCAAUUUUGUAAAAAAUGUGUGCGGACUGAAAACAAACCCAAAAGAUAUAGAUCAAGCAUGGGAUUUAAUAUCUGUUAAACUAUCAGCGCUUUCGAAUAUGAAUGCCAGAAAUGGGAAUAAAAAUGAAAAGGACGAGACCAAAGUUAAUGGUGCUAAUGAUGAAGAAAAUAAGACUGACACUCAGAACGGUGAUGUUAACGGCAAGUUGGAUGAUGGAAACGAAGAACCGGAGAAUGUUGAAGAAGUGAAGAAUGCUGAGGAAGAGAGUGGAGAAGUGAAGAAGGAGGUUAAACUAUCAAAGAAACAAAGGAAAGAGGAAAAGAAACGUCUGAAGUAUGAAGCAGAAUUACAAAGUGCUGAAGCACCACCCGAAGAUGACGCUCAAGAGGAAGUUGAAGUACAGAAGAAAGGCAAGAAAAACAAAAACAAAGUUGCAAAUGGUGUCCCAAGUGUUGAAGAUGAUUCAGAUAAGAAUAAAAAACGUAAAAGACAAGACACCGUCUCAAUAACUGAGGUUAGCGAACCCGAAGUUGUCGUUGAAAGUGUUUCAGUUAAAGAGAAGGCUAGUAAGAAGAAAUUAAAAAUGGAAAAAUUGGAGAAGGAGGCAGAAGAUGUAUGCCUUCACGACCAAAAUGUUGCCAGCACUGAAAGCGAUAGCGUUACCAACAAUAAUGGUAAAUUCAACUGGCAUGAAGUAAUUUUGUCAGUGUUACAGAAGAAAGGCAAUGAGUUGCCAUUUAAAAGACUUCAGAAGAAAGUUCUCUCUGAAUACACAGAACUUACUGGCUGCGAAGUUGAUGAUAGGAUUGCUGAUAAAUUUAUAAAAAAAUUGAAAAGUGCUCCCAGGGUUAGGGUUGACAAAAAUAGAGUUCUACUAUUGGAAGAAUAA